GGGGCACAUGCUAAGUAAUCGCGUCCGGUGUCAGCUAUGUACACGAUCGACGACGGGCUGGGAGGGACGGAAUCUAAGGGGGAAGGACCUUCCUAGUCUUUUUUUAGUUGUGUUCUAUUGCACUGCUUCUGUGACUGGCUGCUGCCUACCGUCUGCGUGGCGGUGAGUCAGUUGUCAGCCGGUUCGUCGAGACAAUGCACGCAUGAUAUCUGUGCAUGUUAUGUAGUAGCCCAGUUUUAUUCUCGAUGUUCACCAUGUUGCUCUAAACAAAGGGUUCAACAUGAUGGUGCUAUCAGACUUGCCGUGGGUGCGCCCGUCCUCUGCCCAUUCUGAGUACCAACAGGACGACUUCUCAAUGAGAGAGCCCGGAAGGUGCCAUGGAAAGUCUACUGAAGUUAAUGUUGUGGAGGCUCUGCAGGAAUUCUGGCAGAUGAAACAGGCACGUGGGGCAGACUUGAGAAAUGGUGCUCUGGUUAUAUAUGAAUCUGUUCCAUCAUCCAGCCCUCCAUACAUCUGCUAUGUUACACUGCCAGGUGGAUCCUGUUUUGGGAGUUUUCAGAAUUGUCCAACAAAGGCAGAGGCUCGACGCAGUGCUGCCAAGAUUGCCCUAAUGAAUUCUGUGUUUAAUGAACAUCCAUCCAGACAGAUAUCUGACGAGUUCAUCGAAAAGGCUGUAACUGAGGCCAGAGCAUCAUUCAAAGGAGAGCUUGAAGAGGCAGACAACCCAAAGACAGGUAUUGGAGCGUUCCGCUUCAUGCUGGAGGCAAACAAGGGUCGCACAAUGUUGGAGUUCCAAGAGCUGAUGACUGUUUUCCAACUGUUGCACUGGAAUGGUAGCCUGAAGGCCAUGCGGGAGCGCCAGUGCUCGCGCCAGGAGGUGGUGGCACACUAUUCAAACCGUGCGCUGGACGAUGACAUGCGCUCUCAGAUGGCAUUAGACUGGAUUGCGCGUGAGCAGGAGAAUGCAGGGGCUCUUGGUAGAGAACUUGGACAAGCAGAACGAGAGCUGGAGGCAGCACGUCUGGCUGGGAGAGAACUCCGGUUUCCAAAGGAGAAGAAGGAUAUCUUGAUGCUAGCACACACGCAAGUCAGUGGUGCAUUCCUCAGCUGAUCAUCAUGCAUACAUGCCAAACACAUACCCCAGUGCUUUCAGAGGCCUAUAUUACUCACGCCAGUGGUUCCCAGCUGUCCGCAAUUCUAGUUGUGUUGCUCAGUGGGAAACAAGUGAGGUUUAAACUUGAAUGUGAGUCACAUACAGGUAUAAUAUGCAUGAUUCCUGUUCCUGUUCCAUAUCUUUCUUUCUUCUGAAUGCCUUAGUAAAUAACACAAGUCCUACUGCUAUCAACUAAAAUCACACACACAAGAGAAAAUUGUCAGUGAAAAAAGAAAUGCAUUUCAGUUUCUCUAUCCAAUGUUUUCAUUAUUAAUACUACAAGGUUUACCAGAGAAAACUUUUAUGAAAUAAAAGUAAUUUGUUGUAUAAUUCAUGUACAGGAAAUAAUGUUAGUUUUGAAUUUUGGGAGAGAUCCAACAUGCUGCAUUAAAAGAACUUCAUUGGAAUAACAAGUGUCAUCAGUGUUUUUUUUUUAGCAUGGCAUAUUAAUUUUCUUUAAGUAAUGACACCUUUUCAUUUAAACAUUACAUGCUUUAAUCAGUACUGUAGAAUUAUACUGAAUUCCUCUUCUUCUAUGGCUCUGGUCCGUAUUCGGCCCAUGGCCUCCUCAAUUCUCCUCUUCCAUUUGGUCCUCUUGUUAGGUCCAAAACAUCUUCCUUUUCAAGGUUGUUAGCCUUGCCACCAACCCCCAACCUGGAGGACCAGGGUACCUGUCUUAGUCUCACCUCUCCCCCUGACCCUGGCAGUUUGUCAGUCAUAAUAAAACACGCAGUAGAAAUUUUUCCUUAGGAGACUGAAGAUCAUACUUUUCAGUGUCUUGGGUGCUGUGGUAAGAAGUCUGUGUUGGGAACCACAGGGCACAUAAUUUUGCUUUAUUAUGUAGGGACGCUCGAGUGGACAUAUUGAUGCUAGUCCCGCUGUGCUGUUGCCGCUUCACAUUAACACAAGCUUGGAGUAGGGUGUUGGUGUGUAUCAUAUCUAACAGACAUUGCUUGUUAUUGUUGAAUGUUUAUAUAUAAUAUACAAGACGAUUAUUAUUACUACUAUGGUCUUAUCUUUUCUACUAGUACUACAACCAUUUUAAUAAACUCUUUUGUACAAUUACCAUCAUUAGUUUUACUAUCAUUAUUAUGAGUUUUGUCUUCAUAAUGUGAUUGAAGUGUGGAAUAGAGGCACUAAGGAAGCCAGGGAAAUAGAAUUUUCCUUUAUUUACUGAUUUAAUUCACACUCAUUUUGAUUAUUAACAUAAAAAUGUAAAGCACUACUUUUAUAUUCCUUGAUCAGUUUAUGCAUAUGAACUAUACUGGCUUAUACAACAGCGUAAUCCAAUAAUGGUACCAUAGUUGAGUGAAGAAACCAAACAUUUACUGAUAUUCUUAUUUUUGAUUAUGUAUUCUUUAUAGUUUGGCUAAAAUGAUACGAAACGUAUUUCUUAAAGGGCUCUAGUGAUAUAUUAAUUGUUAGACUUUUAAAAGUAUUAGGCUUUUUGUCGUUAUUUAUGUUCCAUCUCUUAUACUUAGUGUGUUCCUAAAGUAAUAAAUAAAUUGAAAUUUAGACAACAGGUUCUCUCCUGAUUGCUCUUGAGCUAUUAUUCACAGUUAUUUUAGUUAUUAGUAUAUGUGUAAUUUUGUUAAUUUUCUUUGCAGACCUUAUAUAAUAGUUUCAUUUGUAUUUUUAUUCAAGUUAAUUGAAAUAUUUCUAAAUUAUCUGACUUACCUUCUGUGGAUUGAAUUUCAUAUUUCACCAUGAAGUUAGCAUUUCUAAGGUACAAAAGAUAAAAUUAAGUUUUUUGUGUGUCUGCAUGUCUGUAAUUUGUUUUUUUAAUUUACUUUUAACUUGAUGAAGGUGUAACAUUUCAACUCUGCUGGAGUUUCAUGCUAUAGUGUUGUUAGUUGAACACACCCAGUAUUUAGCCUUAGCUUGUGGACAUGUCACAGCAAAUCAUUGUUUUUAUAUAUGUAGUCCAAAAAGAAAAUUGUGACCAAUGUUCAGUGAUUGAUUUCUUCACAUGGCAAUGAACUCCUUGUUAUGUACAUGAAUGUUCAUGUUUCAAGUGUAUAAAUUACUCGAGGAUUUUUUUUGUAAUAGUGACAUUUUAAUUAGAAUAGUUAGCCCAUCUUUAUCCUUCUGCACCCCAGAUAGCCUGCCCUAAGAAAUAAAUUUUUCACAUCUCUUUUAACAGCUACUUAUAAAGAUAGGGUUGAUAUUAUAAAGUAAAUUAUGUAUUUAUGCUUUUUCAUUAGGAUGUGCUUCUUUUAUGUAACCAUGUUAAACAUUUGUUUUAUGUAUCUAAAUGUGAUUGUAAUUGUUAACUGAUAUUCCUCAUGUGUGACUUAUGGAAAAAUACUUUCUCUGGAUGUCACUUCCAGCUUAAACACUUCACUAAACCACAUGCUGUUCAGGACUCGGCUUUGCGACUGUAAAAGCAGAGGAAAUGUGGGUGAACUGUGAUUGGCUCACAUUCCUUACAGGUUCACAAGGCUGAGUCACAAACAGCAGUAUCACAACAUUAGUCACAGAUUGCACCAUGAUUCACCUCAAGUAAUCCUUUGCAUUGUUGUAAAGUACACUUGUGGUGGCCAUGGCCAGUUGGGUGAGAGGAGAGCUUACAGCCACACUUAUGAAUGUGAAUGGGUUAAUAAUAAAAAUGAAGCAGCCUUCACCAGUAACCGUAAAGCCAUAAAGAUGAACAUUUUUGUCUUUGUGGCCUGUGUUGAAAUUUUGGUGAGUACAUAUUCGUGGUUUUUAUGGUUAUUGUUAGAAUUAUUAUUUUUACUUUUGGUCAUAACUACUACCAACAUCUGCUGUCUCUAGUGUAUAUGUUAUAUUUGUUUUCACACAUUUAUAUACAUUUAUUUUACUUCUAGUGUUAUACUAUGGUAUAGUGGAAACUCACACAUACACAGUUUAUCCAUUAGCUAGCUUGUGAUAUCAGGACUGUUUGCUGCAUGGUCACAAUCAAAAUGGUCAUGUUUGAACUGUGUUACAUAAUGACUAAGUUUCAGGCUUGUAGGUAUCAUAUAAGUAUGUCCUAAAAUAAUUCAUACCAGUCCCUUUUUAAGUAUAUCUUGUUCUUCAUUGGUCAUUUUUAUGGUGUGUCCCAUUUUGAAAUCAGCAAGUCCUUUUUAUUUCUUGUAUAUUUGUAGUACAUCUUGUGUGCACAAAAUCAAAAGAGUUCACAUGGCACAUGGCUGCAGUCAGUGAGAACCAUUAUGGGGGAUAUUCUUGUACAUAGCUAUUUCUUGCUGUGAAUGCACUGAUCUCGUAAUUCUUCAGUGAUUGGCUCGAUGUUCUUUAUUUAAUUAAAAUAUCUUUGUACCAAUUGCA